AAGAAACAACAGACUCGUCAGCAAAAAGCCAUGCAUUCAUUGCUCUAAGCGUGCCUUUCCCCACUGAGAGACCCACAGCCUAGCUGUCAUUGUCUUCCCUUUCUCCACUUCCCUCCCUUCACAAUUCCGGGAAGGGCCCGGCAGUCCAAAAAGCCUUUGCCUAGGUACCACGGAGGGGCUCCUUGGUGGGGCACUCGGCUCUCCUCUACAUCGCACACUCCCGGCAGCCCCAACAGCAGCGGGAGCGAGCGUCUGUGAGGAUGGGGUGGAGCAGGGCUGCUCUGCUCUCUUGGCUUGCUGGAAUCACCGUCCUCGUGGUGCCUCUGGAAGUCCAUGGUGGCGAGGGUAAUGCCACUGCUGUGAAGUUCCUGGAGGCGCCUCCGCCAUUCUCGGCUUUAUCCUCGGCCACAUUUGGCUUCGAGGUUUUGGGGGGGAGGAAUGGAGAUUUGUGCACCGAAUGUGGUAUCGACUGCAAGUUAGACAACUACAGUUCCUCAAGUUGUGAAUCAAGAGAAGUUACAUACACGGGCUUACAUGAUGGAAACCACACCUUUGAAGUCUGCAUCAAUGAAUCUCAAGGAGUUCGCUGUGCUAGUUAUAACUGGACUGUUGAUACAGUUUCCCCUACUGCAUAUGUUUCAGCUGAAUCAUCUUUCACAAAUGCGUCAAAUGUGUCUGUACGUGUUUCUUUUAGCAAACCUUGCACUGGGGGUGGAGGAUUUAGGUGCUCUGUGGAUCACUGCAAUCUUCUUGUUUAUGGAGCUGCUCAUGUUAUACCAUCUACUCUCAAGGUGCUUCAGCCCGACUUGGAAUUUUCCCUUAUUGUUAGUAUAUCUACUGAUAUACAGUAUGGACGGUUGGUAUUGGUAAUGGAUAAGAGCUUUUGUACAGACACUGCUGGAAACAGGUUUACAAGAACAUCAAAUUCAAGUUUUGUUUUACAUUUUGAUAGAAGAAAUGUCUUUAUGAACUUGACAACCCACAUCCCAAAAAAAUUACUUCAACUUGAUCGCAGGAUAAGGACAGUUGAAGCAACCAACAAUGAAAAGAACCUACGGAUCUAUUUGUCUUUCUCGGAGCCAGUCCUCAAUUCAUCUGAAGAAAUAUUAGGUGUCCUUCAUUUGAGUAGUGGUUUACUUUCUCCUACUAAUAGAAAUACCUUUGGCAACCACCGGUUUGGUUAUGUAGUGCAUAACAUAUCGAGCAUGGCUAUUGUCACUAUAACUUGUCAAAGUAGCUCUAUAAUCAGCAGACAAGGGACGCCGAUUAUUCCGUCAGAUCCAGUCACCUUUCUUUAUGAUUCUCUAAGGCCUUCUGUCAGGCUCAGUACUACUUCUGACAUGCGGACCAGAAAACACAAUAUACCAAUAUUCAUAGAGUUUGUGAAACCUGUGUUUGAUUUCAAUUCUUCAGCUAUAUUGGUUGAUGGAGGGCAUAUACAGAGAUUCCAUGAGAUAAGCAAGAGCAUAUACACCAUAGAAGUUCAUGCUGAUGAUAGUAUUAUAUCUGUAGAAGUUCCGGAAAAUACAACAGGAGAUGUUGCUGGAAACAAGAACCUAGCAUCAAACCGUCUACAAGUGAGGCAUUAUUCUGUACCCAUAAUGUCUUCACUGGUUUCUAUCAUUGUUACUGCUACAUAUGCUGCAGCAUCAUUAGCUGCAGCACUCCUCACUGUUUCUACUGCAAGUCUUCUAUCAUCCGGAGCAUUUUCAAGACCAACUGCUUAUUUUAUAUCUAAACCAUCAAGAAAUCUCCUGAGAAUCGCAUGCCACAUCCAGGUCUUUGCUCUAUCUAGAUGGUUAGCAGUGACCAUACCAAUUGAAUAUUAUGAAUUUGCUAGGGGUAUAGAGUGGAGCAUCCCAUACUUUUGUCUUCCAUGGGAAACUGGUGCCACCAAUUCAUUUAUGGAGGAAUCAAGCUUUCCAGCUAACGCAUACUCUAGACUACUGGAAAGAAGCAACCUGAGUAUUUACAAAUCCUCAUUGGGGAUAGAGGGAAAAUUGGAAGCUGAUAACUCAUUAUAUGGAAUUCCACUUACUGCAGUGGAAUACAGAUCAUUUCUUGAGAACCAAAAUAUGAAACCUGUGGCUGAAUUUAUUACAGAUUCACAUAACUCAAAUGGGUGGAAGUAUUUCGGUCGAAACAUGUUCUGGUUAGCUGUAUUCAGUGGUGGUUUAGUUCUGCUUCAUGCUGCAAUUCUUUGGAUUUUGAAAUUUAAAAGGAAGAAUUCAGAGAAACAGAAAGAGUUUGGAGCACUUGUAUUUCCAAGAUUUGAAAUAUUUUUGAUAUUUCUCGCAUUGCCAUGUACAUGCCAGGCAUCUGUGGCGAUAAUCAGAGGGAAAACUACUGGAGGUGCCGUGGUUGGAAUUGCAUUCCUGGGCAUAUCAGCUUUUCUUCUUAUAUCCUUGCUCUUGUUCCUCUCACUUGGCAUCACAAUGGGUAAGCUUCUUCAGUACAAAGAAGUUCAUCAAGAAGGGCAGAAGUUUCAUUGGUACCAAGAACUUGUCCGGGUAACUCUAGGACCUGGUAAAAGAGGCCAGUGGUCUUGGAAGGACCAAGCAAACUCAGUCUAUCUAACGAAACUAGGUCCAUUGUUUGAGGACCUCAGAGGCCCACCCAAGUACAUGCUGUCACAGAUCUCUGGUGGGGGGAGUCAAGGGAAACGUGACGACCGAAUUAUUGCUUCUGAAGACGAAACCGAAGAUGCGGAAGCUCCUUUCAUCCAGAAGCUCUUCGGCAUCCUCAGAAUCUAUUACACCUUUCUGGAGUCCAUCAAACGCGUCUCUCUUGGAAUCAUAGCAGGAGCCUACUCAUCGAACAGUUCUUCUAGGAUUCCAACAAUCAUUGUUUUAUCCAUGACAUCAUUCCAGCUGUUCUUCCUUGUAUUGAAAAAGCCCUUUAUAAAGAAGAAAGUGCAGUUUGUGGAGAUCAUCUCGGUAGCCAGUGAAGUGGGCAUCUUUGGAGCAUGUCUUAUUCUCCGAGAUCGGGAUUUCUCUGAUGCUGGUGAGAGGAGAGUAGGAUUCUUCAUGUUGGCUGUAUUCAUGGUCGGCUUUACCGCUCAAAUGCUCAAUGAAUGGUAUGCAUUGUACAGACAGGUCCUUCGGCUGAGCCCAGUCAAGAACUCGUUCUCUUCAGGUCUAAAGAUAGCUCUCAGUGGACUUCUGCUAAUCGUGCUUCCUGCGACGCUGCUAACAGAUCUGAACGAGCAGUUAUCCUCGAGUCAUGUAGAAGGAGAUACGGGACUUACAAUUUCACCGAGCGGUCGGACCCAAAGGAGUUUGGGGACGACUGAGAGGUCAUGGCUGAGACAACUGAGAGAACUGGCAAAGGCGAGCUUCAGUAGAGAAGAUGCAGGAGCCCCAAAUGACCCAUCGAGCAGCACUCAUCAUCAGAGAAGUGGGUUCUGGACGGGUAAGAGGAGUAGAAGCUCUUCUGUGGCAUCAUCAGCAGACGCCAAGGCAAGGGGGGACUCCAAGGCAAAAUCAAGAGGAUUGUACAAAGACCUGGAAACCAUUUUCUCUUCCCAGUGAUUUAUUGAUCCAUUGCCAUUCAUGAUAGCUAGCUAAGAUUGGCAUGUUUGAGGAGGUGCUUAUGGCAAGUGAGCUUGGUACCUUGAAGUAGUACCUGGUGAUGUAAAUAUUGAAGGUCGACGGUUUUCCCUUUUUUUUUUGUUUAGAGAGAGAGAGAGAGAUUUUGAAGGUUGACAGUUAUCUCGAAGGGGUUUAAGUAUCAGGGGUAUAUGUCGAAGUUUAGUAGCUCGAGGGAAAGAAGCAUGCUAACCAAAUUCCCAUAAUAUCAAAGCCUUCCUGUUUUGCAGAUCAUUGUGCAGUA